CGCGGACUGUUUUUUAUAUCGUCAAGUUUCAGUUAGUCGAACGAAAUAGAGUGAACAUUUUUGUUAAGUUUUUUAAAGAGUAUAAAAAAUAUGGUUGGACAAACCAUAUUGGGAGCAGCGAUGCUGGUUCUCCUGGUCCCAAGUUCAGAAGGAAUUUAUCCACCAGGUUGCAGUUAUACGGGGUCUCUGGCAUUAAAUUCACCAACUAAUAUAUACAACCAGAAUUAUCCUCAAUACUACGUCCCCAAUACGAAUUGUUUGUGGGUAGCCACAGCGCCUGCCGGAUCUCAAAUUAACCUUUACUGCCAAGUAGUUAAUUUACCAACAUCUCCAAGUUGUAGUGGUGAUCGUUUACGAGUAUCGUUAAGUGGAGAUUCUAAUUUCAUAGAUGAGAAGGUUUACUGUGGAUCUGGAACAUUAAGUCUUACUAGCACAUCCAACAGACUAGCUAUAGGAUUGUUAGCUACUUCUAAUUCAGUUGGGGGUCAGUUAGACUGUAUUUUAACAGCAGUAUCAACGGCACCACAAUGUGACUGUGGAUAUAAACGACCAACGAGGAUAGUCGGUGGUAUUGACAGUGGUGUCAACGAAUAUCCAUCGAUGGCAGGUCUGAUUGAUUACGCAGUUGGAGCAGAAGUAAUUUGUGGAGCAACUAUAAUACACGAUCGAUAUGUAGUAAGUGCAGCCCAUUGUCUGCCGCUAAUACCAACAGCAAAUAUGGGUGUUUUAGUAGGAGAUUCUGAUAUUACUACAGGGACGGAUACUUCAGCUGCGUAUUUAUACAGAGUCGAAAGUGCAAUUGCUCAUCCAAACUUUAAUUAUGAUCAACAGACAAAUGACAUAGCAAUAAUAAAAACGACUACUAAAAUAACGUUCAGCUUAUACGUUGGUCCAAUUUGUUUGCCAUUUAGAUAUGUAGGAAAUUCUUUUGCUGGUCAAAAAGUAACUUACUUGGGUUGGGGGCAGUUAUUCUACAACGGUCCUAAACCAAACGUAUUGCAGAAAGUAGAUAAUGUUAAUGUGAUAUCCAAUUCUCAAUGUCAACAGUCAUAUAAUAAUAAACAAAUCGUUCCUGGCCAAAUGUGCACUUACACUCAAGGAAAGGAUGCUUGUCAAGGAGAUUCAGGAGGUCCUGCUUUAUGGAUGGAUCCCUCAACAUACAGACUUCAGUUCCUUGGUGUAAUAUCGUAUGGAUAUGCUUGUAACCUUAAACCAGGAAUAACCACUAGGGUAACAUACUACUUGAGCUGGAUUCAAUCUAUGACUCCUGAGGUGUCGUACUGCGUAAAAUAAGUCUCGAAAAUAUAAAAUAUCUUCAAAAUAUAGAGCCACAUACUAACUAGAAUAUGAAUGCUAUGAGUAAGGACGGGUUUUACUGAAUUUAUUAUAAAUUAAAGACAUUUGUUAAAAAAUGUUCAUACACAUGUACGAAACUGAAUAUAUAAUCUACACGUUUAUUACUGCGUACAUGUUCUAUUAAGUGAGUGGCUUAAAAUGUACAUCUUUGUUAAUAAAAGAUAUUUAAAAAAAAUGUUUUAUUUUGAUUGUUAUAUUUAUUUUUUAUAAAAUAAAUGUUUUCCAGUAAC